CAUUGACAUUCAACACAAUCUGUCGUAGGAAACACAUCCAAAAAUCGAAACAGAGAAAAUGGCGAAAAGGCACCAUAAUAAACCUUCUGCACCUUUCAGUGCUGCUGGGGUCAGGGAAGUGGUACAAAAGAAGUACCCGUUGGCUGAGUAUAAGGAGAAGAUCAAUAGCCUGUUUCCGCUGCCACAGAGGCCAGCGGACAUGUGCCACGAUGCGUUCCUGAAAAAGCUCCUGGAGCCAUAUGUCCUGGAGACCAAAAAAGAAGUUCGCGCCGUGAGGAUGUCCGACUCUUCCACGGAAGGCAUUGAGGAGGAUCCGAACGAGGCCUUUCGCGCGAGGAUGUACAGGACGGACUAUACAGCGCGGGCCAGUGUAUGGAUGUCCAGGGGCACCACGGUCAGCGCCACCAAGUCGAUUCUCAGUCCCGAGCAACGCGACUCGGCCGCCUUGACCACGCAGAUGUUCAAGGUGCGGUUCGCCAACCUGAUAUCGGACUUCCGGAACGUGUGCAUCAUCUACCAGCUGCUGCAGCUGCAGGAGAUCCUUAAUGUAAUGCGGGAAUAUCCUCCGGCCGGCACCAAUCCCAAUGACACCAUAUUCGGCUGGUCCUACAAGCAGAAUCUAAAGCGAUUCGAACAGCAAACGAACACCGUCUAUGUGGACAUUCUGGAGAAGAACAAAUCGGAGGCCACGCUCGACGACCUCAAGUUCUAUGUGGAUCUUGGGGAGCUAAUCGGUCUGGUGCAGGCUCUUCUGGAAGACGUUAUCGGCGACAGAGAUCUCUGUGCUCCGCGUGGCUUUAUGGAACUUCUCAAAGAUACCCAGGUGGACAUCGACAAACUUAUUGCCGUGCCCUACGAGACAAUAAUGCGCGAACACGACACGUUAGUUGAGGAGGAUGCGAAAAAGAAUCGGGUUGGAAAAUUCCACAAUCCUAAAUUGGUUGCCAAACAGCACGCCCUCAACAAGGAGCGAUUCCAGAUCGACUAUAUGAGCCCCAUAGAAUCUCGCUAUAAAGUGAAUUGGACCCACGAUAAUGUGGAACAGGCACAAUAUAUUGACUUCCUUCGGUGCAAGGUCAUUUCCGAUGAGUUGGACAAAAUUGAAGAGCUCACCCGCAAGGAUUCGAAUGUGUGGAGAAGCUGCCACUUGGAGUAUGUGACCAUGAUCGAACAGUACAAAACUCGCAUUAAUUCGGUGCAGAAGGCGUACGACGACGAUAUGGAAACAGCCGAAAAUAUGCUACAGGCCACCAUUAACAAGGUGAACAAGUGCAAGGAGGACCUCAGGCUGUACAAAGAAAAGAUAGAAGUUUUCCACGUGAAAAUUCAAGAGGUUCGCGAUAAGUUAGCAAAGGAGGCAGAAAAGGAACGUGCCCGUUUGUCAGCGGCUCGAGCUUCGAAGAGAAUGUCCAGGAUAUUGGCGAAGCAGAAGGAAGAGAAAAAGGCCGCCGCAAAACAGGCCAAGUUGGAAAAAAGGCUGGCAAGGCGGAAUAAAAGUGUAGUUCAAGUCCCUGCCCCAGUACCAGACCCAACAGAUUAAAUAGCUUGUAGCUCAACAUGAAAAUUACAAUAAUGUUUAUAGAAGACAAAUUGGUUUUGUAACUUUUUGCCUACAAUAAAAUUUAUUAAU